UGGGUUACUUUACCGCUCUUCAAUUUCAACAAAUGGAGGAAAAUUGCGAAACGUAACGUGAAACUGAAACAGAUAUUUCCCAUAUUUUGCACAUACAGUCAAUCACGAUGCCUGGACAUAGCAGUAAAAAACAGUCUCAAAGAACUAAAGGCAAUUUAAGGCCAUCAAGUAGUAGUCAAGCUGCAGAGUUACUUACAUCAGCUGGGACAGCAUCCACAGGAUUUGUAGGAUUUGGCUCCAGCCCAAAAUAUGUUCCUGUCAGCAGUGCCUUGGACGAUAUGGACACAAGUCUAGACUCUGAUUUUAGGCUGGUACUUAGAAAACUAACCAAAAGAGAUGCAACAACAAAGAUAAAGGGUUUGCAAGAGUUUGGAGAGCUUUGCAGGGAGAAAACUGAGGAAGACCUGAAGGGUGUUUUACCAUUCUGGCCAAGAACUUAUAACAAGAUGUCCCUGGAUGUAGACUAUAGAGUGAGAGAAGCUGCCCAACAAGCCAUGUCAACACUUGUUUCACGUGUGAGACGUAAUCUUGCUCCUUAUCUACGUAACUUAAUGGGAGCUUGGUUACUAAGUCAAUGUGACACAUACCCAACAGUAGCUAGUUCAGCACAGGCAGCUUUCCAAGAUGCUUUCCCUCCAGUAAAACAGACAGAAGCAUUGAUGUUUUGUAAAGAAAGUGUUCUUGAGUAUUUAACAGAAAAUCUUAUAACCCAUACACAACAAACCUUGAGUGACCCAAAAAGUACAGAGCCAGAAGACAUGGAAAAUAAGUAUAACAGAGUGUUAACUUCCUCCUUAUUGGCUAUAAGGAAGCUAUUGUCAUCACUUCCAGCCAAUGGGAUUGAGCCUCUCAAACAGCCAAUUACUUCGCUUCUUGAUAGUGCUAAAUUUUGGAAACAUGGAAAAAGUAAAGUGAAUAUGGUGAAAGGUGCAAUGUACUCCGUGCUAGCUGGACUGUGCCAGAUGUUACCGGAUGUAGCUAAUGGUUAUGUAGCAAAAAUUUCACCUUUAGUACUUCACAACCUAGAUGACAAUGAUGCUGCCAUAUGUCCUUAUCUAUGGGAGGCAACUCUGUCUGUAGUAAAUCAUUUACAGGAUUGUUGGGGUCAUGUUAAUGUGCAGAAAGCAUUUUGGCCCAAACUGAGGAAAGUGCUUGAGACAGGUUGUCAUGGAAAUGCUGUAGUCAUAGCAACCAGUCUUCUACCAUUGGUCAGUAAAAUUCCCCCUGACCUGUUCCCAGACAAAAGCAAAUUUUAUGAGGAGUUUUUCACAUGCUUUAAACUGGGAUUAAGUUUAGGAAGUGUACAGAAAACUUCUAGUGAGUGUAAUGCUAUGGUGAGGGCCUAUAUGGAAUGUGCACACUAUGUUAUCAUACAAAACUCUGGGAAAACAUGGGCAUCAAGUUUACUUAUAGAUCAGGUUAUGCCACUUGUUGAAGCCUCAUUAUUAGAGGUUAACUCCUCCCUCUUCAAGACACCAUUAUAUACAAUGAUAGGACAGCUUCUUAAUGCCAUAGAAAAUACUGAUGAUACAUCAAUGAAACAAGCAAGUUUAACAUUCUGGACUCACCUUAAGAGCAGUUUGGAAGAAAAAUUAACUUCAACUGAAGAGUUUGCCAAGGGAGACAAUUUUGAAGACAGAAUUGUCUUCCUUGUGAAAUGCUUAUUUUACCCCCAGACGGAAAUGAAACAGAAAGUCGGGAAAGUGAAGUUUCAGUUAAUUUCAGAUGCAGAGAGUCCUAAAAAAGUUCCUAAAUUUGAGAAUUGGGCAGGGAAGAAAGUGGAAUUGGCUGAAAAUGUGUCAAACUUUGUUCAGGAAUUGAUACUGACAGCUUUUGAGCUUGCUCAUAAACACUUUAGCGCAAGCCAUUUAAGGAUAUUCGCUCAACUGCUGGAAUAUGACUCAUCAGAUAAAGUGGUUGCUAAGGUGAUAGCUUGUUGCCAUGGUGAUGUAGAGACAGAAACCACCUCCCAUUAUUUUGUGUUUGAGAUUUGUAUACCUUGGAUACAGAAGCUGCAAGAGACGGGGGAAAUUGGACCGGAGUUUACUCAUCUGGUUCAAAUUGCGUGCAUAUUUCUUUCAGUUCUUGACCAAGAGUCUGUGAAACUUUUAUUGGAUAAUCUUUCCAAGACAUGUAAAGAUUUGAGGUCACAGUAUGUUCUGUUAGAGAAGUUGUUCGGAUUAGCAUUAUCCAAUCCAGCGGUGCUUGGGUGGCUUCAGGGAGAAGAUUUUGGGGAGCAGUUGUUAUCACACUCUCGUGGGGUGUGUGACAGAGACAUAGACGAGACUUGGAGCGAGGAGACUACCAUUAUACUUGAUAUACUCUCUCUAGUGCUGGCCACAAGAGUGGGAAAUAACAAAUUACUGGUACCUAGGAAGUAUGUGGAUGGUCUAUUGGCAGUGUUGCAGUUGCCAUUACAAAAACUUGCUACAGCAAAAGGGGUUUCAAACCGAGCUGAGUUGGCACUCGGAUUUGUCUCUCGGGCUGCAAAAUGUUUCUUUUCCCAGUACAAGGAAUGUUUAAUGACAGAAUCGGCCAAUGGCCUGAUUGUAACCUUGUUUAUGAUGACUGUGUCUGAACAGUGUCAAGUAACCGAAGAGACUAUGGUAGAGGCAUGUGAAGCAUGGUGUACAGGAAUAGAGGGCGUACUUCAUAUAUUUGGUGAUAAUCUGCCUACAGGACUAAUGUCUCAGAUUUCACAAAUCGUGCAAGAAACCGUCACCUCCAAAUGUUUUACCUCUACACACCAAGUAUCAGUAGCAUUCCAAUGUGUACAAACAUUACUUGGUGUAAUUAAACAGAACUUGAAGGAAGACAGUGAAGAAUUCAGCACAUUUUAUAGCAAAUUGUCUGCUCAGCUUACAGGAAAUCUACAGCAAUCAAUUCCAUCUAAGACAUGGGAAUAUUUAUGUGUGAAGGGAGAUUACCCAUACAUUCCUGAAACAAAGGGAAAUGACUCUCCAGUACUUCACACUUUAUUUACCUCCCUUUACAACUGCAAGGUUUUACAGCAUUUACACUCGCAGAUUUCGGUAGAUUCAGACAAUGAGACAGACAAUGAUGCCAUGGAAACUAGUACAAAAUUAAGUAACUGGACAGAGAAAGAUCUAUGUUGUCUUAUGGAAUGCACUCAGUCAUUGGCGAUCUGGCAGUUUGAAUCACAAGAUACAAAAAUGGUAUUAUUUUUACAUAUGUUACAGAUGAAAGAAGAGGAAGAUUUUGUGCUUGGUGGGAAAGUUCUGCUAUCUAUUUUGAAAAAUGUUCGUGGAGAAUCGUUCUAUUUGGAGUUGUCUCCCUUACUUGAAUGUGCACUACCAGUGUUGCUAUGCACUGCAGAAUUUGUGUCACCUAGCAACCAGGUGACCUUGACAGAGAUCAUUGUUGCUAGGAUACUGAGUCUGGAUGUGGAGUCAGCUAAAACAUUUGAUGGGGGUAUUGGUCUAUUAUGUGUCCUUGCCCAUUUGGUAACCAUAGUUACUGUAACAAAAGAGGAGGAAGUGUCGGAGAUAUUACUAGGAGGAGUGGAUCAGAUUAUCUCCUGGAAGGAAGAAGAUGAUGAUCUAUUUCUGUAUAGCAGAAACAUAGGUGAAGAGCCUCUUGAGAUAGUGUUUUUAAAUGGACAAGUUGGAAGAUUUAUGUGUACCAUGGUGGAUAGAUUAUCUGGUAGUUUAACAGAUAAACACUGGGAUUUUAUCAUGUGUACUCUUGUUUCCUGGGUUCAGAGCAUAGAAGAAACUAAGAUAGGAUCUCUGUCUAGUCCUAAAAUACAAUGCUUUGUAGUCAGUGUCCUUGAUCUUCUGGUCAAAGUUGCCGUCUGCUUGAGAGAAAAAGUUGGAAAAGUGCCAGGAAAUUACCCAGAAAACUUAGUGACAGAAUGGACAGAAUUCUUUAGUGAAUCCAUCUUCACAAUUGUCCUUCCAUUGUUCUUGAGAAUUCACAAUAUGUUCAGAGAUAAGGGGCCAGAAAGAAAUGACUUGUGCCUGUUGACCUCUGUGUGCAACGCUGCGGCACAAACUACCAAACCUCAGAUAUUAGAACACAAGUUACCUCCCUUCCUAGUAGCUGGAGAUUUGUCUCCCUUGCCUGACAAUCUUCAGUGUUUGAUGAAUCAUAUGUGUCCUCUGUUACUUAGCAACCAAAGAUGUGUACAGAUGUCAGCUUUUCAUAUUCUUCACAGCAUUAUUGAUACUUUGCCCCAAUAUGACAAAGAAGAUAAAAGUUUUGAUGCUGGGGCUACUGGAGGGGAGAAUAAAGAAGAAAAUGUAACAAGAAGCCCACCAGCAAAAAUUAUGAAGAUAGUGGAUGAAAGUAGUUCUAUAUUGGAAGUAGUUCUGAGUGAUUUGCCCAUUGAGAUUAGUCAACCAAUCAAUGAGCUUAGUGAAGAGUAUCACUACACCCUGUCAUACUUGUUGUCAUGGAAACUGGUGUUACAUUUCUUCAAGAGUGCUCCACAGGAGUUAAGACAAGAGUACGCAGGAUAUCUACAAGACAACGGAUUUAUAGAUCAUCUUAUGUUUAACAUCUUCCGUGUGAUGCCAAACUUACCCGGUAAAAUGUUCCAGGAUAAACCAUGCAUGGAUGUGGCAGAACCCAAAAGUAGCUCAGAAAUACAGCAUAUAGCCUGUGCAGUGUACCUGCAAAUACUGAAAACAAUGCCUGCAAUGGCUAGAAACUGGUGGAUGAGUCAGGACAGGAAGACGUCUGCUUUUGUUGAUGGAUUUACAACAAAACAUGUUAGUAAUAUAUUAUGUACAUCGGAGAUCAGAACUGUUCAGAAGACCAACGUUCAGCUACAGGACAUGACGAUAAAAGCAAGACCUAUCACAAGGGGGAAUAUUUUACUGUCUGGUUUAAGCCUGAAAUCUAAUGGUAAUAUUAUGGAUGGUUUAAGAUUAUGGAAGAACAAUAUAGACAAGAGAUUUGAGGGGGUCGAUGAGUGCAUGAUAUGUUUCUAUGUGUUGCAUGGCACAAACUUCCAGUUACCAAGGAUCGCAUGUAGAACUUGCAAGAAAAAGUUUCAUUCCAGUUGUCUAUACAAAUGGUUCAACACUAGUCAUAACUGUACAUGCCCGCUCUGCAGGAAUGUAUUUUGACCUAGCUCCGCCCCUUCUGCAGGAAUGUAUUUUGACCUAGCUCCGCCCCCUCUGCAGUAAUGUAUUUUGACCUAGCUCCGCCCCUGCUCUCAUUUUUAUUGUAUUUUUAUUCAGUUUUUUCUCAUGGUGUCAGUUGAAAUUAUUUAUCAGUUUUAACAAUCAUAUUAUCAAUGAUGAUAUAUAUGUGACUGUAAAAAUUUAAAUUUAGUGACAAUAAAAUGUUUAACAAACAUGUUUUAAUAUUUGAGACAUUUGAGUAGAGGUUUUAAGAUAAUCAUUCUUUAUAUCUUUUAACAAAAAUACGUGCAUGUUAGAGGCUCGUGUUAUAACAAUUUCUUGAACUUGUUUUUAUAAUGAUCUUUAUUUGUGAGAUCCUAGUAUUUGUCUUUUCUAAACAAUGUACAUGUAUAUCAAUGCAAGUGAGCAUAUCCCUUUAAUCGGACACUCUAUGAGUAUUGUUUUACACCUAAAUAUAUACUGCUUACACAAUGUCAAGGUCAAAUUGAAGACUACUCAUAUUUAUGACAUUUUUUUUGUUUGUUUCACUUUAUUGACAUAAAAUUGAAUUUAUAAUAAAAAAAUAUUAA